AUGAUGAACCUUGCAUUGUUGACGGUGUUGGUGGCUCUCCAAACGACUAUUUUCUUUGUUGAGGGCUUUCAGCCUGUCAAGACUAUGAUUCGUGGCGGAAAGCAAACCUUUCCACGCUCUACCAACUCUCCCUACACUUCAACAACAACAACAAGAACCACCAUCAAAAUGUCAGCUACUGGAUUUAUUGGAAUCGGAAUCAUGGGUGAAGGUAUGGCUGCACGCCUUUUGUCUGAAGGGGUCGCAGGAAGUGAGGAUAAUCCUUUGGUAAUCUGGAACCGUACCGGAGCCAAGUGCACUGCCCUUGCCGAAAAAUUCCCCGACAAGAAAGUCAUUGUCAAGGCCACCGCCAAGGAAGUUGUCGAAGCUUGUGGAGUCACCUACUCCAUUUUGUCUACUCCUGAAGCUAGUAAGAUUGUGUUCGAGGCAGAAACUGGUGUUUUGGCUGGUGUCAGUGCUGGAAAGUCUAUCGUCGACUGUGCCACUUUAGCGGAAGCCGACAUGAUUCGCAUGAACGCUGCUGUCACUGGAAAGGGAGGCCGAUUCUUGGAGGCUCCAGUAAGUGGAUCCAAGGCUCCUGCCGCCAACGGUGUCCUUAUUUUCCUCUGCGCUGGUUCCAAGGAUCUUUUUGAUGAAAUCAAGGACACUGGACUUGCAGCCAUGGGAAAGGCAAGCCACUUCUUUGGAGAUACUGUUGGAUUCGGUACUCGCGCAAAAUUGGUAGUCAAUUCUCUCAUGGGAACCAUGUUGGCUGCCUUUGGAGAAGGAAUUGCCCUCAGUGAAUCUGUCGGAUUGGAUCCAUCCACGAUGAUCGAAGUCAUUGGUCAAGGAGCAAUCCAAAGUCCAAUGUUCAACUUGAAGGGACCCAAGAUGAUUAAGAAGGAUCACUCUCCCAACUUCCCAUUGAAACACGCCCACAAAGAUAUGGCUUUGGCAUGCGACAUGGCCAAGACCGCUGGUGUUGAAUAUUCCGUUAUGGAGCAAGCAGAAAAGAUGUUCCGAGCUGCUCGGGAAGAUGCUGAUUUGAAAGUCGCCGACGAAGAUUUCAGCGCCGUCUUUGAAAAGAUCCACAAGGAAAGCACAAGUGAAUUCUCAAAGAAGCGUUAA